AUGUCAAUCUGUAGGAUCAACGUCAACGACCCUAGCUUGAUCUCCCUGGUGAACAAGCUUCAAGAUGUCUUUGCGACCGUAGGAGUGCAAAACCCCAUAGACUUGCCACAGAUCGCCGUCGUCGGUUCGCAAUCCAGUGGAAAGAGCUCCGUCUUGGAGAAUAUCGUCGGGCGAGACUUUCUGCCGCGAGGCUCAGGUAUUGUUACUCGUCGACCUCUCGUUCUACAACUGAUCAACCGACCGCCGAACAAACUAUCGAAUGGCACGUCGGACGACAAGGCCGUCGAGGGUACUACCGAUAGCGCAGCAAACGUCGACGAGUACGGCGAGUUCUUACACAUUCCGGGGCAGAAGUUCUAUGAUUUCAAUAAGAUUCGGGAGGAAAUUGUGCGCGAAACAGAGAGCAAAGUCGGCCGCAAUGCCGGCAUUUCCCCGGCCCCCAUCAACUUGCGCAUCUACUCUCCAAACGUUCUCACCCUGACUCUCGUCGAUUUACCCGGUCUGACCAAGGUGCCUGUUGGCGAUCAACCGAAGGAUAUUGAGAAGCAGAUUAAGGACAUGGUUUUGAAGUACAUCAGCAAGCCCAAUGCCAUUGUUCUGGCUGUCACGUCUGCCAACCAGGAUUUGGCCAACUCGGAUGGAUUAAAGCUCGCACGUGAAGUUGACCCUGAAGGUCAGCGCACGAUCGGUGUCUUGACCAAGGUCGACCUGAUGGACGAGGGUACCGAUGUUGUGGAUAUUCUUGCAGGCAGGAUCAUUCCUCUACGGCUGGGUUAUGUUCCGGUUGUCAACCGGGGUCAACGUGACAUUGAGAACAAGCGUCCAAUCUCGUAUGCUCUGGAGCACGAGAAGAACUUCUUUGAAGGCCACAAGGCGUACCGGAACAAGGCUUCUUAUUGCGGUACUCCUUAUCUCGCUCGGAAGCUCAACUUGAUCCUUAUGAUGCACAUCAAACAAACGCUCCCGGACAUCAAGGCUAGGAUUUCGUCGUCGCUACAAAAAUACAGCCAGGAGUUAAAUCAGCUAGGCGAUUCGAUCCUUGGCAACAGCGCCAAUAUAGUGCUGAAUAUCAUUACGGAGUUCAGUAAUGAAUACCGAACUGUCCUGGAGGGUAACAACACGGAACUGUCUAGCAUGGAACUGUCCGGAGGUGCUCGUAUCAGUUUUGUGUUCCACGAGCUGUAUUCGAAUGGAGUCAAGGCAGUCGACCCCUUUGAUCAGGUCAAGGAUGUUGAUAUUCGGACGAUCUUAUACAACUCAUCUGGUUCAUCGCCUGCGCUCUUCGUUGGUACCACGGCUUUUGAGCUCAUUGUCAAGCAACAAAUAAGGCGACUUGAAGAGCCUUCGCUCAAGUGCGUCUCACUAGUUUACGAUGAACUUGUCCGCAUUCUAGGGCAAUUGCUGAACAAGAGCCUGUUCCGACGUUACCCGAUGCUGAAGGAGAAGUUCCACAAUGUGGUAAUUCAGUUCUUCAAGAAGUCAAUGGAGCCUUGCAACAAGCUAGUCAAGGAUCUUGUUAACAUGGAAUCCUGCUAUGUCAACACUGGCCACCCGGAUUUCCUGAAUGGACACCGUGCUAUGGCUAUCGUUAAUGAGCGACAGGCAGCUAGCAAACCUACUCAGGUGGACCCCAAGACGGGCAAGCCUCUGCCACAGCGCGCAGCUAGUCCUUCGUUGGACCUUUCUGCGGAAACGAAAGAGUCUGGAUUCUUUGGUAGUUUCUUUGCAUCCAAGAACAAGAAGAAGAUGGCUGCUAUGGAACCUCCGCCGCCGACACUGAAGGCGUCUGGCACAUUGAACGAGCGGGAGAACAUUGAAGUUGAAGUUAUUAAACUGUUGAUCAACUCAUACUUCAACAUUGUCAAGCGGACGAUGAUCGAUAUGGUCCCCAAGGCUAUUAUGUAUACACUCGUGCAAUUUUCCAAGGACGAAAUGCAACGUGAACUGCUAGAGAAUAUGUACCGCAACAACGAACUCGAUGACCUUCUCAGAGAGAGCGACUACACCAUCCGCCGCCGAAAGGAGUGCCAACAGAUGGUGGAGUCUCUAUCCAAAGCCAGCGAAAUUGUCAGUCAAGUGCAGUAA